CCACUGAACCUAUACUGUCUAUGAGUUCUGAGGUCACAGAAGGUCAGACCAUCGCCGUCAACUGCACUGUUGAAAGUUUCCCACAGUCAACUCUCACCUUGAUGACGAUCAACACAAAUAAUCAGGCUGAAAUAAUCACUGAAAAUAAUCUUAAUUCACGACCCAUCAACUCUCUCUCCCACACGUUUAAUGUGACUUCAGCCGACGCUGGCUUGUACGUCUGCCGUGCCCAGAACACUGAGGGCUCAAAGGACAGCGAGUGGGAGGAGUUGGUGGUGAAAUACAGUCCCAACCAUGUGACAGUUCAAGCCAAUCCUGGUCUUGAUGUGAAGGAAAAUGUGUCGUUGACACUGAGCUGUUCUGCCGAGUCCAACCCACCAGUGAGCUCUGUCACCUGGAGGAAGACGACUGAUGGGAGAGAGGAAAUCAUCCAACAGACUCAGACUCAGACCUUCAGGGUGAAUUCAGCCAGUCCCUCUGACAGUGGACUGUACAGCUGUGAAGCCACCAAUGACAUUGGAAGUGGAAAGUCACAGCCAGCUGAGGUUAAAGUCAGAUGUGAGUAGAAUGAUGCACUUGUGAUGGUGAAUGGAUAAACAAGGAGGAUAUAUUCUACAUUACUGUGUAUAAAGUAAAUACUGAUCAGACGUGCUGGUUCCAAAAAGAAGAAAACAUUACUCCACAAUGUCAAAAACACAACAGGGUUCUUUUAACUAUGGUGUAAAUUAAUUAAUUCAUUAAACUUUUCCAACAUUUCUUUUAACUGAAAACGUCUAUUUCAACAUGACUAAA